CUCAGAACUGCCUAACAUGGGUUAAAUAUCUAAAAGGUUAACAGACUAUAAAAUUCAUCACAACAUGGUCACUUAACUAAAAUUACAACUUUAUAAUCAAGAAUGCAACACAAUUAUGCGAUAUCCAUGCAACAGAUUCAACUACAUGGUCUAUAGGAUCAAAUCAUUUCCAAGUUAACACAUACAUUACCUUAAUUAGUUCCCGACUUGUGAUGUAGUUAACCUGCGAAUGCGACUUCCCAAACUAUGAGGAAGUGAAUUAACGUUGGCGUACAUAAGGUAAAACUAAAUAUUUUUUUUUCUGUGACAAUAUCAGAACAAAUUGGUCACACAUGAUAAUCCAACAAAUCCAAUAAUAAAUUCCACGAAAUAAUAAAACUGUACUCUUUGUAUGAAUAUUUAUCUUUUUGUUAAAACUCAUUACUUCGGUGAUAAUCCGUUCCAAUAACAAUAAUUCAAUGACCAGUUACAUAUUAAACCUGCAGGCCCUACAACGUGUCCCCUAAUACUUUUCUACACACGUAACAUGCCAUGCAUCCCUGCUGUUAGUCAUAAAUAUUGCGAGAAAUUAACUUGAAACAGAGACUCGAUCGAGAGCUCUUCAUAUCUCUAGAUAGCUUGAUUGUUUUCCACAUCCCAAAAAUUUCCACACGACCAAAUUGCAUUUCUCGUCGCUCCAAACUACUACAUAAACCCUUCCUAUAUUCACUUCACUUCCCAUCUACAAAAAACACCAACAAAUCCUCCAUUCAUCAACAACUCCAUUCCCACAAUGGCUGCUUCCCUGAUCAAACCCAUCUCCCUCCUCCUCCUCCUCCUAGCUCUCGCACUUGUUGGUCAUGCCGACGCUGCAAAAUUCGACAUAACGAACAAGUGCUCGGACACAGUCUGGGCCGCCUCCGUCCCCGUGGGCGGAGGCCGCCAGCUCAACUCGGGCGAGACAUGGACCAUCGACGCCCCACCUGGCACCUCCGCGGCCCGCAUAUGGGCCCGGACCAACUGCCAGUUCGACGGGGCCGGACGUGGCACGUGCCAGACGGGCGACUGCGGCGGGGUCCUCGACUGCAAGGGCUACGGCGUGUUUGAUUAUCCGGAUUUGAUGAUGAACUGAACUAGAUGAGAAUGCAAAGAAAGCAAGAAAUGAACACCGGAUUUACAU